AACACACACACACACACACACACACGGGAAAGUUCAAGAGCAACGGACCGGACGCGCAAGAAUUCCAGUGUGGAACUGUGUGUAUGCUGUUUGAUGAUGAGUGCCUUGGAGUUUACACAGAGGUGUGAAAGAGAUUCAGACAAAGAAAGAGAGAAAAAAAAGGACCUUGGAAACAAACAUUCCUGAAGCAAAGAACUGGGGAAUUGUCCUGAACCACUGCUGUAGAGACCACACCCACAUACAUGACAGACUCCGCCCACUAAUGCGAAUCUACAGUCUGAUUGGUCUAUUGCCAACCUUCUCUCCCUUUCAGAUACUUUGUAUCGUCUGCAACAUGAAAGACUUUUGUGGGUUUUUGUUGGUCUUUUGGUCGGUGGGAGUGGCUUCAAUGUUUUCAGAAGUCGCUGGCCAUGAUACGAACCCUUUCUCUGUGCAAGCAACACCCACUGACCCCUGCUACAGCGAUUCAGGUUCUGCCCACUACUGCAUUCCAGAGUUUGUUAACGCAGCAUUCGGUCAGGAUGUGAUCGUAUCGAGCACCUGUGGCCAUCGUAGCUGUGAGCACACCCAUCUGACAGAUCUAAAUUCUGCCCAGAACAUCACCUGCUGGCAGUCAGAGAUGCUCUGGACAAUGCCAUUCAACGUCACACUGACCCUUUCACUUGGAAAGAAAUUUGAAAUCACUUACAUUAGCUUACAUUUUUGUUCUGAGAAACCAGAUUCAAUGGCUAUUUAUAAAAGCAUGGACUAUGGACGUAGCUGGACACCAUUUCAAUUUUAUUCUUCUCAGUGCCGGCGAGUUUACGAUCGCCCAAACAGGGCAGAAAUCACCAAACUCAACGAGCAGGAGCCACUGUGCAUGGAAUUGCCCAAUAGUGUUGACAGCAGCAAUGCCAUCCUUGUGUUUAGCACACUGGAUGGACGACCUUCAAGAACAAACUUUGUCUCCAGCCCUGUUCUCCAGGAUUGGGUCACUGUUACCGACAUACGUGUGACAUUUAACCGCCCAAAAAUCAGUAAAGACGUGCGAGAACCUACAUACUUUUACGCAGUGUCAGAUUUCCAGGUGGGCGGAAGAUGUAAGUGUAAUGGCCACGCCCAUAGAUGUUUGCGGGACAAAGAGGGGAAGAUAGUCUGUGACUGCAAACACAACACAGAAGGACCUGAGUGUGACCGAUGCAAACCGUUCCACUAUGAUCGUCCAUGGCAGCGUGCCACGCCCAAAGAAGCUAAUGAGUGUUUGCCAUGUAACUGUAAUCUACAUGCACGGCGCUGUAGGUUUAACAUGGAGCUGUAUAAAUUAUCAGGACGAAAGAGUGGAGGCGUGUGUAUGAACUGCAGACACAACACGGCUGGACGGCACUGUCACUACUGCAAAGAGGGCUACUAUAGAGACAUGAGCCGACCAAUCACACACCGCAAAGCCUGCACAGCGUGUGACUGCCACCCGGUGGGAGCUGCAGGUAAGACGUGUAAUCAGACAUCUGGUCAAUGUCAGUGUAAAGACGGAGUGACUGGACUCACCUGUAACCGCUGUGCUAAAGGCUACCAGCAGAGCCGCUCCCCUGUAGCCCCCUGCAUCAAGAUUCCGACUGUUAAUCCAACAGCAGUGGUGAGCAGUACAGAGGGACCUGCAGACUGCGAAUCCUACUGCAAACCAGCCAAAGCCAACCUGAAGAUCAACACGAAGAAAUACUGCAAGAAAGACUAUGCCGUCCUGGUGAGUGUGUUGGACAUGGAGACAGUGGGUGACUGGGCAAAGUUCUCUGUCAGCUUGGUGUCAGUGUAUAAGAGCCGAGAGCUGCUGAAGAGAGGCGAGAACACGCUGUGGGUGCACAUGAAGGAUUUGGCGUGUAAAUGUCCACGCAUCCACAUGGGGAAACGUUUCCUUAUCCUGGGCUCAAGUGGGGGCAGUGCCAGCGCAGAGAGGGCAGGGCUUACCGCAGACAAAAACAGCCUGGUCAUACAGUGGAGGGACAUCUGGACUCGACGCCUGCGCAAGUUCCAACGUAGGGAGAAAAAGGGCAAAUGUAGUGCUGUGGAACACACCCCUGAAGACUGACCUUUACUCCUGUGUGUGUGUAGACUGUUGGUCAGCCUUUUGAAGGGACCGUUAAAAAGAAUGAGACUGAUGCAGGAGCCACGAGCAUUUCACACACACACACACACACACACACACACACACACACACACACACACACACACACACACACACAGGUGCUGCUCAGUUUUCAAACCUCAAACAUUCGUCAUCAUUAUUCUUAUGGGACUGAAGAACUGUCUAAAGCUUUUAAUACGUGUGUGUGUGGGGGGGUUAUACAGCAUGCUAGCACAAACUUUAUUAACAGGCAAAGUAGAUCAUUUGUCCUCUUAACCACCUUCACACACCACCCUGCUCUGAUCAGCAAUCUGCUACAUUCUCAGGAACAUUCUAGAACAUCUUUAACUGAACUCUAGGACAGUUUUGAGAAAUAACCUGAUUUCCCAAACAUUUUUUUGAAAACCAGCAUUGUUGAAAGAUUUCGAAUGCCAGCUGUGUUCUACAACACUUUCACUAUGUGGGAUGACUUCUAGACUGUAUUUAGAAUGUCAACUAUGCUAGAACACCAGCUGAAUUCUAAAACACUCAGACUUAGACAUGAUUAUCCUGCUCGAGGUCUAGAACACUUUUCGAAGGUUGGCUAAAUGGUUGAAAAUAUUAAAAAAUCUGCUGAGUUAUAGAACACAUUCAAAGUGUGAGAUGUAUUCUAGAAUGGUUUUAGAAUGUCAACUGUGUUCUGGAUGUCAACAUGAGCUGAAUUCCAGAACACUUUUCAAGUUGUCAGCUAAAUGGUUGAAAACCUUUGAACAUCAGCCGAGUUCUAGAAUACCAUCAGAAAAUGAGACAAUUUUAGAGCAUGUUUAGAAUGCCAACUGUGUUCUGGAACACUAGCUGACUUCAACAUUUUUCAAACAUUUUUCAAAUUGUCAGCGAAUACUUUUAGCUACAAAACAUUUGGAAUAUCAAGUGGGUUCUAUAACAGAUUUUAAAAAGCAGAUCGAGUCCUACAACACCUUUAUGGACUGAGGUGCUUCGAACACACAUUCAGAACAUGGGUCAUUUAUUCAAUUUUUGGAUAUUAAAGUAUUUCAAAUUCCACCUGCACAUUUUUGCUGAGUUUUAGAACACAUUAAAAAAAAUUAAAGCAUAAACCAAGCUUUAGAACACCUUUAGAGAGUCACCUGGGUUCUAGAUUAACUUUCAAAGGUCACUGAGGUUCUAGAACACUUGGGAAAAGGUAGUAAAGGUCUAAAACAUUUUUGAGAAGGCUGUAGAGGUCUAGAACACUUUUGAAAAGGCUGUAGAGGUCUAGAACACUUUUGAAAAGGCUGUAGAGGUCUAAAACACUUUUGAAAAGGCAAUAAAGGUCUAAAACAUUUUUGAGAAGGCUGUAGAGGUCUAGAACACUUUUGAAAAGGCUGUAGAGGUCUAGAACACUUUUGAAAAGGCUGUAGAGGUCUAAAACACUUUUGAAAAGGCUGUAGAGGCCUAGAACACUUUUGAAAAGGCUGUAGAGGUCUAAAACACUUUUGAAAAGGCUGUAGAGGUCUAGAACACUUUUGUGAAUGUUAGAUGACAUCUUUUGUGGAGUCCUUAGGGUUGUAACACACUGAAUGUAAUCUAAAUUCUACAAUGGCUUCGGAAUGUGAGUUGAGAUUCCAGCUCAUGCUAAAACUGAGUUUGAGCAUGCCUUUUUACAUAUCUGAAUUCUAGAUCAGUUGAAUUAUGUUAGCUGAGUUCUAGAAUGAUUUUUAAAUGUCAGUUGUUCUGGAACCCCUUUUCAGAAAUAACCUGACUUUUAGAACAUUUUCAAACAUCAGCUAAGUUGUUGACAACAUUUAAACAUCUAGCUUGAGAAAUGCAAAAAUGUUUUUCAAAUGUCAGUUGAGUUCUAGAACACUUUCAGAUAUUUAGCCUUUUUCGGCAGUUUUCCAAAACUGCAGUUGGUUCCAGAUUUCCGACCUUCUCCUUCUGCCAAAUUGAAGUCCGGGGAAACACACAAAAGGAACACUGACACAUUGCUUGAUUCAUGAAUAGACCUGUGAAAAAUAUUCCUUCUUUAUUCAAACUCUGAAGGAACCUGAGCUACAUUACAAUUGGAUUGUUCUGUACAUCUGCUUCCUGACUGGCCAGUGAGUUUGCACUGCCUGUCAAUCAUCCAAAUGCACUGGCGCUGUAAAUAUCAACAAAUAUAUCUUCACUGUGUUUGUUGUUAUAAAGUGACUGACCAGAGAGAAAGUGUCACUGUGUGUGUGUGUGUGUGUAGUGACACACUUCCAUUUCUCACUAUUUUCACUGCCAUGACCACUGACUGUUUAAUCCCACACCACAAUAAAUUAUUAGUUAAAGAACUGUGUUUUUCAUAUCUCUCUCUCUCUCUCUCUCUCUGUGUGCUCAUGCAAUAGAUUGAAGCACAAAAGCCUCUUCAUACCAGUCAAUUACAACCGCGAUUCCAAAAAAGUUGGGACAAAGUACAAAUUGUAAAUAAAAACGGAAUGCAAUAAUUUA